AUGCCACCACACAACGUUGAUUUCAAGACUCCGGUCAAAGAGAUUCCAAAGGCGCAACUCAGGAAAACCGAGGAUGCUCCUAAUUACACCGGUGGCUUUGGCGAUGUCUGGAAAUGCAUCUGGUCUACCUCUUCUAGUAAUCCCCCUCUCACAGUCGCAAUCAAGGUAGUGAGGGUCGCUGACACCAGUCAAACGGCGCCGUUGGAAAAGGCUGCAUGGGGUAUACGACGCGAGGCCUACGUCUGGGCCCAAUUGAAAGAUGAUAAUGUCCUCUCACUUCGCGGAAUUACAACUGGUUUCGGAGUCUUACCAGCAUUCGUUUCAUCAUGGAUGACGAAAGGGUCUCUCGAUAACUACCUGAAACAACAAACCCGGCUUUCGAAAUCCCAGAAGCUGGACAUGUCACGCCAAAUAGCAUCUGGUCUCAAGUAUUUGCAUGAAAAGGACAUUGUCCAUGGCGAUUUGACACCGACCAACAUACUCAUCAAUAGUGACGACAAGCUUUGCCUCGCAGACUUCGGUCUCUCAAUGAUCCUCGCACAAUCGGGAAACCCUACAUUCAAUUCCUGCCACGCGGGUAAUGUGCGUUGGAUGGCCCCCGAAAUGGUCGCUCUACCCGAUUCAGAAGGGGAGCCAACAAAGCCAACAAAGCCCGCAGAUGUAUAUUCUCAUGGUUGUAUCAUGCUUCAGCUACUUUGUGGUCAACAACCUUACUUCCGGCUGAUGCAGGCGUUUCACGUGAUAGCAGCGAUAGUAGGAGGAAGAAAGCCCUUCGGCGAGCUCACCGGCGUUGAUGAAGGUCAGAAGAAGUAUUGGCUGAAAUGUCUGUCCACCAACGUCAAUGCUCGACCUAAAGUUCAGGAAAUUGUAGCGUUCAUAGAAGCCGAGCGGAAGAAACUUUCAUGA